AGUGUGCCGGUGUGCACGCCGCAGCUCCGGAAGAGGACCAGUGCAGCACAACCGCACGAUACAGACAAAUGGUCGCCACACUCAGGUCUAAACCGCAGCGGCAGCUUUAUAUCUCCCAGGAAAGAUACGUCUGACGAUUCUAUGCAUGAAAAGUAUUUCAAGUCCGUAGAGAGUACGCCAUUGACUAGACGUAAGCUUAAACAACAAUCUGCUGGAGGUUCCUCGUGUGAUUCUGCAUCCCCUCAAAGUCCUAGCAGCCCUCUGCAAAAACCACAACCUACACCUUUCUUGCAGCCGACCGCAGCUCGGCCAUCGCUGGUGUCGUCAAUAUCUCUGGCGACGGAGGCGGCGGGCACGCGCCUCAUGCACAGCCUGGAGCGCCCGCACCAACUGUCGCGACAUGCCCGGGAACGAUUCUCAGACAGGCACUUAGAUAAGGAUCGCCUUGCGGAACUGGACCGCAUGGAGCGGUACCCAGAGAAGCAAGCGGUGUACAGCGUGGACAAGCCCUUCCGACAGACCAGUCUCGACCUGCGCUACAACUCCGCCACAAACUGGUAUCAACCUAGGGAAUUUACUAGGCGUCAGCAGGCGGAGCCCGAGCGGGAGCGGUACGCGGGCAGCAAGACGUCCUCCAGCGGCAGCGGCAAGCGAGCGCACGAACACAACUUCAUGCGCCUCUCCUCCGCCAACGAGCAGGACAACAUCGCCGCAGUUAAUUACAAACUGAAAUGUGUGAAUCUCGAGCCGCCGCUAACAGAACCAAAUGUACAAAAGCACAAUCAACGUUUUGAGAGGACGGAGAAAGUGACCGCGACCAGAGAUAGGACCAAGUCACGACGGCACAAAAAACCUGUGGAAUUGGAGGAAACUCAAAUGGACGGCGAAGACGAAGAUGAAGAAGGCGGUGGAUCCCCGUUGUACUGCAACUGGGACUUACGUGGCAUGCAACAUCUGCUGCCUUUACAAGAUUACAUUAUACAGCAAGCUAAGUUAUCUAGUCGCGGUCGUUACACCGGUGGGUCGGAGUCGGACGGGUCGUCGGGGUCGUCGCGAUCCGGGUCGCGGUCGCGCUCGCUUUCCGGCCACGAGCCCGACAACGAGUCGUCGGACGGCGGCGCUCGCACGCCCGACGACGACGACGGCUCGGGCGUGUACCUGCCGCACGCGUACCGCACCGAUGCAGAGUAUAUGAACCACGGGGUCGCUUAUUACAAUACCUUUGUCGGAUUUGAUAGAGAUCGACAGCCCUCGCCUGGAAUACAUAGGACUUCUUCGCUGGGCGGUGGUGCAACAGCCCAGGGUCCCGGUGGCAGUGUACCGGACGGCGCGGGCGCGGCGGGCGCUGCGGGUGGCGCGCUGUACAGCCCGGUACGGUCGCACCCGUUGCCGCAUGCGCACGUGCCCGCCGAACAAGACAUAGAGAUCUUCGCCAAAGACAAUCUUAACUUCAAUAAAGGCAUUUUCAGGAGAAAGGCGUCGGUCCGAGACAUGUUAUCAUGGACGUCGUCGUCCAUCAGCGCGCCGAUGGUGGGCGCGGAGUGGGACAAGGCGCACAAGAAGGCAGCCAUCGAUCUGUUUCGACUCGUGCAGAUUUAUAUGGGAGACCGCAAGGCGCGCCCCGGCAUGACGCUCAACUCCGUCGCCCAGGAUAUAUUGCAUGCCACAUUUACCAAUGAAAAGUUACGCGAUGAGCUGUACGUGCAGCUGUGCCGGCAGACGACGGAGAACCCGCUACGGGACUCGCUGCUUCGCGGCUGGGAGCUGCUGGCGGUGUGCCUCGCCUUCGUGCCGCCCUCACCCGCCUUCCAGCCCGCACUCACCAACUACGUCAACAGGCACAGAGACCCCGCAUUCGCUGAUGCCUUCCCGGAAGUUGGUAAAUGGCCGAUCCACGUUCAAGUAUCGCACUAUGCCGGAGUGGCGUGUAAACGUUUAGAAAGAAUCGGUUUUGGCGGGAAGCGGCAGCCAAGAAAACCCAGCACCGAAGACAUAGACCAAGCUAGGAUCCAGAUCUUCCGUCAGUCGAUGUUCGGUAACACCCUGGCGGAGGUGAUGGCGCUGCAGAAGGAGCGGUUCCCGCACCGGCAACUGCCGUGGGUGCAGGUGGCGCUGUCGCAGCAGGUGCUGGCGCUCAGCGGCCGCGACACCGAGGGCAUCUUCCGCGUCUCCGCUGACGUCGACGAAGUUAAUGCCCUUAAGGCCAAGAUCGACAACUGGGAGCUACCCGACGCUUCUACAUUGACUGAUGCGCACGCGCCGGCCAGCCUACUGAAGCUGUGGUACCGCGAACUGUACGAGCCGCUGAUCCCGGACGCACUGUACGGCGCUUGCGUGGCCGCCGGCAGCGACUUCGCCGCCUGUGCACGCGCGUUGCAGCGCCUGCCCGCGCUCAACAGACUCGUUCUCACAUAUUUAAUAAGUUUCCUGCAACAAUUCACCGCGCCGGAGGUGGUCAGUCAGACCAAGAUGGACUCUGCCAACCUGGCGAUGGUGUUCGCGCCCAACUGCCUGCGCUGCACCUCGCAGGACCCGCGCGUCAUCCUCGAGAACGCCCGCAAGGAGAUGACCUUCCUCAAGACCCUCAUCACAAACCUCGACACCUCGCACGUGCAGGAUCUUCUGUGACCGACGAAUCUCAACUAUUGCAACAACAACAUUGUUGCAGUACCCGACACCGACUUCUAGCGAGUCGGUCGUGCGGAGAGGACCUUUGAAUGUGUACCAUAUCGACAUGUUGUGUCUAGUCUGUCUCGUUCCAAUUGACCCGUGAGUUAAGGACGCACGCAUCUAGGUUAACUAUACUCCGAUUAUAUUUGGACAUUCUCUUGUAUAUUUUUUGUAUUUUUGUACGCUAUAUAUCUUACUUUUACUUGGUUGUAUCCAAAGAUAUUUAAUGAGAUGUGAUUUUUUUUUUAAAUUAAUAUUUUAGAUGUGAAGCUUUACAAAAGUGAAUGUGCAAUGUUUGCACGGAGUUGUUACGGAGCGUCGUCUGUUUGUUAUAUUAGUUGAUAUUUGUUUGUGUGUGAAUGAAUGGCAGUUAAUUUAUUUUAAGAUUGCUCCUAUACAAUUAUAAGUACACACUUUCGGUAUGUCGUGUGUGGAUGCCCUAAUCACAUGUUAUAUAGUGGACCGACUCUUAAUAGUAAUAAACAAUAAGGUGUGAAGUAUUUUCUCAAGUAUUUGCUACACGUUUCUUACAAAUUAAAGGGAAUUGUGAAGGAGCAAUUUCGUAGUUAUAUUUUAUCUGUGCGUUUGUCCUUCGAAUAGCAUUUUUUUGAUCGGACUCGAGCGCAAUCAUAUCACAAUUUUAUUGUCAUUAUCGUCACAAUAAG